AUGGACAGUUCCGAGGCACCCUUUAAAAUUAUGGACAGUCUCGAGGCACUCUUUAAAAUUAUGGAUAGUCUCGAGGCACCCUUUAAAAUUAUGGACAGUCCUGAGGCACCCUUUAAAUUAUGGACAGUCCCGAGGCACCCUUUAAAAGUAUGGACAGUCUCGAGGCACCCUUUAAAGUUAUGGACAGUCUCGAGGCACCCUUUAAAAUUAUGGACAGUCCUGAGGCACCCUUUAAAUUAUGGACAGUCCCGAGGCACCCUUUAAAAUUAUGGACAGUCCCAAGGCACCCUUUAAAAUUAUGGACAAUCCCGAGGCACGCUUUAACCUUUAAAUUGUGGACAGUCCUGAGGCACCCUUUAAAAUUAUGGACAGUCCCGAAGCACCCUUUAAAUUAUGGACAGUCCUGAGGCACCCUUUAAAAUUAUGGACAGUCUCGAGGCACCCUUUAAAAUUAUGGACAGUCCCGAG